UCGAUCAAAACUUAGGGAAUUUCCAUUUUGUUGAUGUUGAUAAGCAAAGUGAAACUGCUCACUCGGCGCAGGGAUUUCCAGGGCUAUUUUUGCUCAGUAUUUGAGGACAAAUAAAUAUAAAUCACUGAUAGAAGACGAUAACGAUAGAAAAGGCCUACAAGGAAAACAAUUUGCAACCCACUAGGCCGCAAUGCCAAUACUUGACAACAGGUCGUACCGGAAACAGCUCCGUGCAUGGAUUGGUGACCCGACCUUGACCUUUAACCUCCUGUACAGCGCCACCAGAGACGGCUGCAGUGGUCAGGCUUUCCAUCAGAAGUGCAACAACCAAGGUCCGACUGUUUCUAUUGGUCAAAACAGUGCUGGUUACAUCAUAGGGGGGUACACGAGCAUCCCAUGGACAUCACGGGGAGAUUAUUUUAAUGAUGACCGUGCAUUUUUGUUCCAGCUCUUCCCAAACAAGGUAAAGUUCGCUCGCAAUGGGAACGGGAAUGAUGUUUAUGACAACGCUACGUAUGGUCCCACGUUUGGAGGGGAUUUAAACUAUAAUCAGACGGCUUUCGAUACUGCUGGCAGGUAUGGUUAUGGGCGAGUUAGGGACAGGAAAGGGCGGUUUAGUUGGAAUGGGAUCCCAGUCCAGAUGCCAGGUGUUUCUGAGUCCUGUGGAAACGAUCUGUUGUUCUUUUCCGAUUCAAACAAUGGAUAUGACGCUUAUUCAGACACAGCCGACUUUGGCUACAUGGGUACUUAUUAUGCCGCCAAUGGUUUCACCGCUAAUUCAUACAAUACAUCUGGCGAUUAUUUCUACACAAAUGGCUACAGUUACAUCGGUAAUAGUUAUAAUGGCAAUGGUUACAACGCCCAAACAUUUACUGGAAACAGCAACGCUUAUCUCGACAUUGAAGUAUACGCUGUAAAACAGGUAAAUUCAGAAGAUGAAUUAUAUGAGAAAGAUAAACCGUGGCGCAAAACUGACAUUAACGACUGGAAUAAUAAGACCAGAGGCAAACUUUUUGAUGAGUUGGUGUCGUUCUCCACUCCAACCCCGGCCAAAGUUCCCGCCGCACGGCUCCUCCUGGUGGGCAGUGUGGGGGCGGGGAAAUCCAGUUUCUUUAACACCGUGCGCUCUGUGUGGAAAGGCAAAGUCCGCAGCCAGGUGGCGACCGGAACGGCACCCCAUAGCCUCACAACCAAGUAUCGUGUGUAUGAGAUCCGAGGAGGCCACCAGACGCCUGCGUUCCGUCUGUGUGACACCAUGGGUCUGGAAGAGGACCAGGGACUAGAUGUGGGGGACAUGGCUUAUCUGCUGGAUGGUCACGUGCCAGACCAUUUCCAGUUUAACCCGGCUGUGCGUAUCACACGCAAAUCCCUUGGUUUUGUGAAGGACCCUGGUUUGGCUGACGCCAUUCACUGCGUAGCACUAGUCAUAGAUGGCAGCACAUACAAGGUCAUGUCUCCCAAGGUCAAGGACAAAUUGCUGGGUCUACGAACACUGGCACUUGACAGAGAUAUCCCGGUCCACGUGGUCUUGACCAAGGUGGACAAGGUAUGCAAAGACGUAGCUGAAGACCCAUCUGUGGUAUUUCACAGUCGCGUCAUUGAAAAGAAAGUGAAAGACAUCAGUGACGCAUUCGGUAUACAGAGUAAUCACGUCCAACCUGUGAAGAACUACGAAUCCGAGACCUCCAUUGACCCCAGAGUGGACAUCCUGACUCUGAACGCCCUCAGACAGAUGACCGGAAGUGCCGAGGACUACAUUGAGUUUAAACUAGACGACAUGGAGGAAACGGACACCCAAAUGUCUAAAAUGAAUAUCAAAAAAUAACUUCUAGGAGUCCCGCUGACAUGUGCAUGUAUCACAGCACCCUGUGUUGUUUGAGUUGUAGAACUAGAACAAAUUUA